UAGCGACCAGCCGCGACCAAGGAGUGCAGUCGACGGAGACGGAGCGAGAUUCGUCGGCAUCCGGAGGGACCGCGAAGAGUAGUUGAUGGCAUCCAGGAAUCGGUCGAUCAGUCGACGGUAGUCGACAAGACGUUUGGCUCGACCUAGCUGCAUCGAGGACAGAGGAAGCCCUUUAACGAACCUCCGCAGCACUCGGCACUCUGUGAUUUUAUGCAGCUCAACGAAGGAUCCGCCUCGCCCCCGCGCACCCGUCAAGCUUUCGCCGGAGGACUCUAAUCUAACGCACGAUGAGCUUCCUUUUUGGAAGCCGAUCCUCGAAAACUUUUAAGCCAAAGAAAAAUAUUCCCGAGGGUACGCACCAAUAUGACUUAAUGAAACAUGCAGCAGCCACUCUUGGGUCUGGAAAUUUACGACUCGCCGUAAUGCUCCCAGAAGGUGAAGAUCUUAACGAAUGGGUCGCGGUCAACACUGUUGACUUUUUCAAUCAAAUCAACAUGCUGUACGGUACCAUUACGGAAUUUUGUACGGAAGAAAGCUGUCCGAUUAUGUCAGCCGGUCCAAAAUACGAAUAUCAUUGGGCAGAUGGACACACGGUUAAAAAACCAAUAAAAUGCUCCGCACCUAAGUACAUCGAUUACUUAAUGACGUGGGUGCAAGAUCAGUUGGACGACGAAACGUUGUUUCCUUCUAAAAUAGGAGUUCCAUUUCCAAAGAACUUCCUCUCCAUUGCGAAGACGAUAUUAAAGCGGUUGUUCAGAGUGUACGCUCAUAUUUAUCAUCAGCACUUUAGCGAGGUCGUUCAACUGGGCGAGGAAGCUCAUUUGAACACAUCGUUUAAACAUUUUAUUUUCUUCGUUCAGGAGUUCAACCUGAUAGAAAGACGAGAAUUGGCACCCUUGCAAGAGUUAAUAGAGAAACUAACUGCAAAGGACGCGCGAUGAACGCUCUCUUAUCCGAACGCAAUCUGUGAAACUCCUCCAAAGAAUCUCACCGCGCUGCAUCCAUUAACUCCUGUUUAAUUAUGUGUAUCGUUUAACUAACCGCAUCGUCGAUUCGACUCGAAAGAGCUGUGCGGUCGGUGAUACAGGCGUCCUCAUAUAUGUCGGUCCAUAUACCGACGAUUACACGUUUCUUUGAAGCGCGAGCGUGUAUUUCAUCACGGCCUUUGAGGGGAUGCGAACAAGCGUCGCGGACGUCUAGAAAGCACAAACGUUCGCAGGGUCGCUGGAAACUUUUAACCGUUAGGCAUUUAGCUGGAGCUUUAUCGAUUCGAGGUACGCGGGACCUCCGUAGAUCGCCGCAGAGACAUUUUGCACCGUGAAUAUCUAUAAUUUAUUGCAUAUAUAUAUAUCUAUCGAGCCCUGAUACUUCAAUACGACGACGGUACCGUUUGCCUACUCCUCCUGGCUUAACCAGACCUCACUUCGACGAGAUCUCGGCAAUUCCUGUCAAUAGCGUUCGUAACUUACGCCUCGUAUUUCCGUAUUUCGAACGCGUGGGGUAAAUCGAGAUAUUUUUCUAAGUACUUUUGCCCUUACGUCUUUCGCUUCUCGCUGGCCAAUUGGUACGAGUAGAACGCGAGCCUCGUAGAAGCGACAUUGCUAAGAAUCGGUAAUCGCGCGAGCGUGCGUACCGAAAAGUGCAUUCACGUACACGCGAUAUAAUCUUUUCUUUCUCGAUAUAUCGGUGAUUGAUAGAAUCGAGGGACAACGUUGCGUACACGUUAAGCCGUCCCGAUGUCACGAGCACUUUGAUAUCCGAGCGAAACUCUCCUCGACAAGUAUUGCGCUUUCCGCACCUGGUGCGUAAGCGUGGUUCCUAGGUUUAACGUAUUAUUUUUAUUAAUAUUAUUAUAUUUUAUUCCAUUUUACCAUCGUCACCGUGUCAUCGCGUCGAGCACUCGUAGAUUUACUCCGCCCCCGCUGUUUCUUCGCAUCGAUUCGAGUGCACGGAUAAGAGGAGAGAGCGCAUAAACGUACCGCAAGGAAAUAAGACAAGGAUGGUCAAGAUCGCGUUAUUUCGACUUGGCCUUAAGAUGGUAUAUAGUUAUUAAUUCUCACCUCGACCGUCGGAACGACAAACCGCGAGGGAGACGUUCACGUGAAUUUUUAUUAACGACGAAAUGGUUUCGCUUUAUCGGCCGCUAUAACGGACAAUUAAUAAGUACAGAUUAGCGGAGACUAAAUUGAUCCCAUCUGCCGAAUCGUGAGCGAGAACGAUGUGUCAGCAGAGAACAUUUAAUACCGGCGCAUAUCCCUUAAUAGACUUAUAUAUAACUAAUUCCGAAUGAUUUUGUGCAAUAUGAAUAAAAUUUUUCCAAAAUA